AUGGAGCUGCGCACUCAGUUGUGGUCUGGCUUGCGUCGCCACUGCAGCUUCGGUCGUGGAGGUGGUCUCGAACGGUCGGGGAUUGCGCGUGCACCUUCCGUUGAUUCGAUUAUCACUGUCUGCUUUCCGCUGCAGGGAAUGGCUGUGUUUGAUUCGAAAGAUGCUCUAUGGAUUAUUCCUGUUUCCGUUGUUGCUGGUAUUGCUGCAAUUGCAUUAGCUGGGGGAUUAGUAGUUAAACUUGUAUUCAAGAAAUCGGACAAGGUAUUCCUCCAGGGCCAAAAUAUCAAAUUACCCAUGCGGCUGGUUGACAAACAGGUUAUCACUCAUGAUACAACACUGUAUACUUUUGGUCUACCAUCAACCGAAUAUGUGCUUGGUGUCCCUGCUGGCAACUGUGUUCAAUUGCACGCAAGAAUCGAUGGUGAGGACGUAAGACGUCCGUACACUCCGGUUACUUUGGACGACUUCAAAGGAUACGUGAAAUUUUUAAUUAAGGCGUAUCGAAAAAAUGUGAAUCCUAAUUUCCCUGCUGGUGGUAAAAUGACUCAAUAUCUCGAAACGCUGGAUGUUGGAGAUGCCAUGGAAGUCAGCGGUCCUUUUGGGCUUAUUCAUUAUUGUGGUGAUGGCUUGUUUGAGGUCAAAGGCGGGAGUGCGCGAAAACUGUCGGCAACCAACAUAAACAUGAUUUGUGGUGGCACUGGGCUCACUCCAAUGUAUCAGCUACUUAAGUAUAUUCUCAAUUCUUCUUCCGACAGGACGAAAAUUGCCAUGAUUUUCGCUAACCAAGCUGAGAAAGAUAUCCUCCUGCGAGAUGAGUUGGAACAGCUCCGCGACCAGAACUCGGCUCAAUUCCGUAUUUGGUACACAGUGGAAAGUCCACCACAGCAUUGGACUUACGAUGUGGGUUACGUGGAUCAGAAGAUGCUGGAGGAACACUGCUACCCAGCCAGCAACACCACUGUAAAUUUGCUCUGUGGGCCGGCUUCGAUGCUCAAGAACGCCUGUCUGCCAAAUCUGGCAGCCCUUGGCCACAGCAAGGAGAAUAUACUCACAUUCUAA